CACGAGACCACGACAUAGAAAGGCAUUCGUUAUCUAAUGGCCAAUUUGACGAUUCAUCUGACUUUUUGAUCCUAAUAUAUUCGAAUUGUUACCCCCAUCUGCCAGGCGACAGCUCACGAUGCCGGAGAAGGUGCGCACGGUCUUCAACGACUCGGAUGAGGAGCCCGUCAUCGCGAAGAAAGAAGCCCCCUCAGAAGACAAACAGCUGAAGAAGGAGAAAUCGGUGAAAAGAAAAAACAAAAGCAAGGAAGAUGAUAGUGAGAAGAAAAACAAGAAGCGAAAGCAUGAGGAACCGGUCGAUAGCCCGCAGACGACCGAGGUCAAAGGACCAUCACCCAAUGCCGAAGAGAAGAAUGCGACCAACGGCGAAGUAAACGACAAGGUCCGUAACUUGAAGGAUAAAAAACACCAAAAGCAGAAACAAAAGCCGUUCAAAGAUGCGAAGCACAAUUACGCCUCCUUAAAGGACAAAGCUAGCGCACUGUAUGCGAUCCGCAAGAACCUCCCCAUCUUCCCUCACGGCGAUGAGAUCCGACAAAACCUGCGCAAAAACGAUGUGAUGCUCUUGGUCGGAGAAACUGGUAGCGGAAAGAGUACGCAGAUUCCGCAGUUUUUGGUCAACGAGCAGUGGUGUCGUCCGACAAAGGCGACUGUCGUGCGGGAUAAUGGCUCGAGCAGAGAUAUCACAGUUGGUGGGUGCAUUGCUAUCACCCAGCCAAGACGAGUGGCAGCCAUUUCGCUUGCUCGACGAGUGGCGGAAGAGAUGGGAACACCGUUGGGAUCUUCGUCGCCGGCGAGUAAAGUUGGUUACUCGGUUCGAUUCGAUACGUCUACGUCGCCCGGUACGCGGAUUAAGUUUUUGACUGAGGGAAUGCUGCUACAGGAGAUGCUGCAUGACCCGCAUUUGACCAAGUACAGUGCUGUCGUGGUUGAUGAAGUGCACGAACGAGGUAUCAAUGUUGAUUUGACGCUGGGUUUCUUAAGGAAUCUGGUGUCUGAAAAAAAAGAAGGACGAGGCGGAGUGCCACUCAAAGUCGUGGUCAUGAGUGCUACGGCUGACAUGGAAAGCCUUCUAGGGUUCUUCAAGGAAGGGCUUCAAGCUCCAAGCCCUCGGAACAGGAUAGAGGAGAGUGCUGCCAAACCGGACUCCGAAGACGAAAAGAAAGGCAAGGAGAUUUCUGCUUGCCAUAUAAAGGGUCGUCAAUUCCCAGUCAAAACGAUCUACUCACCAGAACCGGUUCAUGAUUUUGUUGAUGCAGCUCUUAAAGUUAUCUAUCAGAUUCACUACAAAGAACCAAUGCCUGGUGAUAUUUUGGUAUUCCUGACUGGACAGGAAACCGUCGAGGCCCUUGAGCAGUUGGUCAAUGAGUACGCCGUUGGAAUGGACCCUGCACUCCCCAAAAUCCAAGUUCUGCCUCUCUUUGCUGCUCUUCCCCAAGUAGCUCAACAGCGAGUGUUUAUGCCAGCUCCCCCUCGCACUCGCAAGGUGAUCUUGGCCACCAACAUUGCCGAAACAUCCGUGACGGUGUCUGGGGUGCGGUUUGUCGUGGACUGCGGCAAAGCAAAGGUCAAGCAAUUUCGCACAAGACUUGGGCUGGAUUCGCUCUUGGUUAAACCCAUUUCAAAGUCGGCAGCUAUCCAACGGAAAGGUCGUGCAGGUAGAGAAGCACCCGGUCAAUGCUACCGACUAUAUACAGAGAAGGACUACUUGGAACUUGAUGAGACGAAUACUCCCGAGAUUCUGAGAUGCGAUCUGAGUCAAGCUCUGCUCAACAUGAAAGCCCGUGGUGUCGACAACGUCAUGGGCUUUCCGUUUCUCACACGACCCCCACGCGAGGCUCUAGAAAAGGCACUACUUCAGCUGCUAAGCAUCGAGGCUCUAGGGGAUUCUGGUGAGAUCAGUGCUAUCGGAUCGCAGAUCGCCAAACUUCCCCUCACGCCUACACUUGGACGUGUGCUCCUCGCUGCAUCCGAACAUGGGGCGGGCUGUCUGACAGACGUGAUCGAUAUAAUUUCUUGCCUCAGCGUGGAGAACAUCUUCCAGAACACGACCUCGGAAGAGAAGAAAGAAGAGGCAGAGAAGGCCCGGCGGGAUCUCUACCGGAGAGAAGGUGAUCACCUUACUAUGCUGACGACGGUGCGAGCCUAUGCUGCAGAGCAUUCAGACCGCAAGGCCUGGGCAUCAAGACACUUGGUUUCGCACCGCGCCAUGCAGUCAGUGAUGGACGUUCGCAAGCAACUCACCAUGCAAUGCCGCCAGGCCAAACUCCUCCCCAGUACCGAACAGGAGAACCCAUCCUCCAUCGUCCGCGAGCCGUCUCCGGUCUCCAUCCUGAAAAGUUUCCUGUGCGGCUUCUCAACCAACACUGCCCGGCUGGUCCCGGAUGGCAGCUACCGCACAGUAGUCGGCAACCAGACGGUGGCAAUCCAUCCAUCGAGUGUGCUGUUUGGCAAGAAGGUCGAGGCCAUCAUGUACAACGAGUUUGUGUUUACAAACCGCAGCUAUGCGCGAGGAGUGAGUGCGGUGCAGAUGGAUUGGGUUGGAGAAGCGUUAGCAGGUUAGACAAAAGUGCGGGGAUUGCAUUUCAAAAAGGCAUAGAUUUAUACCCAUGAUUUAUUUCAAGUUUUUCUCGUCAUUCAUCUUGUAUCUAGACUAGCUAAGUUAAAUAGACUUCUUAGUACUGCAUACAGACCUGCUGAAAAUCCCGUGUUUACUUCGCAUCAGCACCAUCGACCAGCC